UCAAAUACCAUUUUCACAAAGAUGGCGACCAACGUGGCAGAUUUGCGUGAAAACCUAGGACUUCAGCUUUCAGAGGUUGAAAUGCUUCGAUCUAUGUAUCCUGAAGAAGACGAGCUUAAAUUAGAUGACGAAGCACUCAUAGACAUUCAAGAGUUUUGUUCUGGGAAGACAGCGGAGAAACCAAAUGGCUUGAACUUUUCACUUUCCAUUUACCCAGACUGUGAAUCAGAAAGCCAUUCUGCGAUAGAUCUGUCAUGUUAUUUUCCUCAGGAUUAUCCUGUUGUUAAACCAGAUUUUUUUGCCAGAUCGCAAAGCCUAAACAGAGACGUUCAAAAAGAGUUGAACGAUGAUUUAAGUUCAUAUAUUUCAACCCUUGAUAGUGGGGAACUUUGCACCCUACCAGCAAUACAGUGGAUUCAAGAAAAUGGCGAUGGAUACAUAGUAAGAAGUCGAACUGAAAGGUCAACAUCUGAGACAGAAAAUAAGUCACAAUAUAGGAAACCAGGAGUUGUUUGCUUGGAGGGGGAUGAAUACAAUGUUGAAGGAUAUUUUAGUCGUUUACGCCGGCUCAACUGGAAGAAAAUUACAUGCCGCCACCGAGAGAAAGGGACAGCAAACAAGAGUGUUAAUGAUCAGAGGAAAUUUACUGGGUUUGUUGAACUUUUCUUUGAAGUUCAUGGCACUAGAGAAAACCACAUGGACAUGGGACAAUUUCUUCAUUAUUUAGAGGAGCAUGACCUUGGUUACAUCUUUCAGGUUCUAUUUGGUAUUGAAGGGAAAUCUAAUUGUGAUGUUUGAUAGCUGUAUUGUGGAAUAAAAGGAAGAACAGGAAACAGACCAGGAAAGCUCCACCAAUUGCUAUAAACACCUAUUAGAAACCUACUUUUACCACAGGCAACCCAACUUUCUACAUGAAUAGCUGUAUAAUUAUUUUUCUUUUAUAUUUCUGUUUCUUUCUUUCUGCUUUUGUUUUUGAAAAAACAGAAAUUGAUUUAGUUUAGUUUUGGUGUGAUCUUAUCACAUUUUUAGAAAGACUGACGACAGCUUUAGGAGCUUUUCAAGGAAAGAUUCUUUUAUUAACAUAAAUGCAAUACAUUACAACAUAGCUAUAGAUUGUCCAGUUAUCCUGUGCUUCCAUUCGGAUCUUUUUGUGGUAUGGCUGUCACAAGCAAUAUUUUUCUUAUGAAGCAUAAAAAUCAUGCACCACCUAUAAAUGAUACUUAUAUUUGAUGAACUUUUAAUUAUGUUUUGCUUUCUUGUAUCAUGAACUGGUAUCCACAGUUCAAUCAUGAAAGUCUAAAUAAAAGCUUGAGGAAUGGAAAGUCUAGAUUUCUUCCAAGGUCAGGCAAAACUGAGAAAAUUAUUUUUCAAGUGGCUUCCAAUUUGUUGGGUGUUUUUAUUUUUGAACUUG